CCUACCGGCAAUUCAAAUAAUUGCUUCUGUUGCAGAAAAAUCUCCCUCCAUAGCUUCUCUUUCAAGAAGUUUUGCUUCUUUCUCCUGAUCUUCUUCCUCAUCACCGUCGUAAUAAUCGGGUUGUCCACGUUCUUUGUCAUCAUAAUCAUCAAACCCCACAAACCAGUUUUCUCAGUUCGAGAGGUUAACAUGGACUUUUACGAUGUUGACAACGAUCGUAGCUCGAACCAAACCCUUCUGUUUUCGUCUGUGCUUUCGUUGACCCUUAAUGCUGAGAAUCGCAACAAGUUUGGAUUAGGGUUUAGUCCUGCGAGUUUCCAUGUUUAUCACCAAGAUUUUCACAUAGGAACCAUACGAAUUCCUAGGUUCUUUCAGCCUCCUCAUAGCGACGAUGUUGUGGUUCGUUGUCGUGUUCUGCUAGAGGGUGUUAACGUCACUAAAAUCUUGGGAAAGGCUUCAGAGACUGCUCAUGAUGAUGAGCCAAAAGGGAACAUUUCGGAGAUGAAAAUCUUAGGAGAUGUUAAGGCCCAUCUUUGGUUUCUUCAUCUAAAUUUGAUUAAUAUCAAGCUUGCUAUGGACUGUGACAUGAAUGUUAACUUGAAAGAGAUUACUUCAUCCAAUUAUAAAGUAUACAGCGCCAAAAUGAUCAAGAGUCGCUUGGCUUUUGCUUUCAGCAACUCCAGAGCCAUCACGAUGAAAUGCGUUUCAGCCCUUUCCAUCUAAAGAAUCCUAUUCAAAUGCAAUAUUUUGGGACGAUGAGCUCAUAAGGAUUGAUGUGAGAAGCUACGUACACAGACCUAUAACGGAAGAAAUAAGAGUUAUUGUUGUUUGACUGAUCUAUGGCUUAUGAUCAUAUUUUAAGAACAUAGGCUUGCUCUAUAAGCUCAUGACAUGGAUGAAUUUUGAUUUUCUUUUGUUACAUGUUUGGCACAUGGAAAUGAAAAAUGUACAAGAAAAAAGACAGAUGCAUACCAAACAUAAGUGUUUGGAUUUGUCUUUGUAUUAAGA